AUGCAUCCUCUCUCUCGUCUUGCCUUGCUCGCGCUGGGCUUACCCCUCGCCUUGGGUCAGUUGGAGACCAUUGGCGUGAUCACCUCGGGGGUGACCUCGGUCUCGUCCACGCCCUUGGUCUCCUCCUCGUCUUCAUCCUCUACUCCCCUGACGACACCAACCCCCAGUACCACCAGUACCACCACUCCUGGGAAUCCGUUGAUUCUCACCACCGUCUUUACCCAGCCGACCGGAUGUGCCGGGGGCAUGACCGAAGUGGCAUCGUGGUCGACCGAGCUCUGGCAGAACAUUGUCAACCCGGUGCCCACGUUGACCCUAUCGUCUUGCUAUCCGAGCCAAUUUUACUAUAGUGCCGUGGCAACGACGACGUUGCCUCCAUACAUCCAGCUGGUUUGUCCCGAAAACUGGGAGACGUACAAUGUCACCGACACGUACAUCAUUUGUUGUCCAGGGGGCUAUGGUCUUUAUGCUCCCAAUUACCAGGACACGACGCGUCCGGGGUUGGGUGCGGUCUGCACUUCCAGCAUCUGGCCGGAUGUGUUGAUGGACAUUACCAGCUACGAUUCCACGGCUUUGGCCACUGUCAUUCCCACCAUUGCGGGCGCCAAUGGCACCUUGGUCUUUGCGACGGCGUUUGAUGGCACCAAGGCCACUUCGGUGGUCUCUUCUACGUCCUCCACCAGCACCGUCACUCCUACUACCUCUGUUUCCUCUGUUUCCUCUGUUUCCUCUGUUUCCUCUGUUUCCUCUGUUUCCUCUGUCACUUCUGCUCCUUCAACUACCUCUGCCCCAUCUACCACUUCCGUCACCUCCAGCCUGACAGCCAUCUCUCAGCUCCCCAGCUGCGGUCAAACCUGCUUCAACAACGUCUUGGCGGAAUACGAAUCCCUCGGCUGUACCACAUCGGACCCCUCGUGCCUCUGCCGGAACAUCAACUUCUACUACGGCAUCCGGGACUGCUCCAAUGCCGCCUGUGGCACGGACGUGGCCAGCACCGUCAUUGCCUUUGAAAGCAGUUACUGUACCUCGGCCAUUGCCGCGCAAACCACGUAUCCGUCGACGGCCACCGCCACUGCAGUGCCCACCGCCAUCUCGGCGCUGCCGUCGUGCGGUCAAACCUGCUUCAACAACAUGCUGGGCAAGUAUUCCUCCCUGGGAUGUAGCAGUGCGGACCCCUCCUGCCUGUGUGAGAACAUUGACUUUUACUACGGCAUCCGGGACUGUGCCAAUGCUGCUUGUGGGACGGCGGUGGCUAGCACCGUGCUGGCAUUUGAGACGGCUUACUGUUCAUCUGCUACGGCUAUGGCUGCUGCUACGAGCACUUAG